UGACUUCCGAAUGUUGUCUGUUUGUUUAGCGUCUGCAAAUGUUUGUAAAAUAUAAAUGGUACAAAAUUCAUCAAUUCCGACAGAAAACGUUGAUACACACUCUUCAGAACGAUGUUAAAGAAUAAGAGGACUCGUCAUGAAUCUGUGAUGCUAAUAAUUUUGAAGAAAUAGAUAGGUUAUGUGCGAUGUCAUAUUCUGUGUACAUCUGAAAAUCAGGUUUUAAUCGCCUGAAAUGGAAGAAGUACUAACGAAGUGGGUGGACAGACAGAUUAGUUUAUUGGAAUGUGAGCUUGCAUUCGAACGUCAAAGAGGAGACGCCGAUGUAGGGAGGAGUACCUGCCCAGAUAAGCCAGUGAUUAAAGUUCUGGAUGUGGUGUCUGUUACCCCUAGUAAAGGGCACUAUGUCAUCGACUGUGAACUUAAUGUAUCGAGCCAAGAGAAUUACCAAUACUUCUCAACAGGUGAUAUUGUUGGAUUUGUUGAAGGCCCAAAAACAAUAGUGUUGUCUGGAAUUAUAGCAGAUUUUACAGCCCCUCACAUUUCAGUCAGUGUCAAUAAUGACCCAUCAAACAUAGUACUGCAGGAAGAAAAGAAAUUUUCCAUAAUAAAAUUAACAAGUGAUGUUACCUUCAAACGCAUGAAAAAUGCUCUCCAGUAUUUAAAAUCACCUUCUGGAUCUCCAGGAGAUGCAUUGAUUCCAUUAUUGUUUGGUAAUGCUCAACCUGUAGAGGUACCUGUGCCACCAUCUCUCCUGAAGGAUGGUGAGGUUGAUUUUAUCAGUGGUAACCUUCAUGCAAGUCAGAAGGAAGCUGUUGCAUACAGUCUGAAACAGAAGCAUAUUGCAAUAAUCCAGGGACCUCCUGGUACAGGAAAAACUACAACUCUUGUGGAAAUAAUUCUUCAGCUUGUGAAAGCCAAACAAAAGGUGAUAGUGACAGCACCAUCAAACAUUGCAGUGGAUAAUGUUCUAGAACGCUUGGUACGAGCAAAAUGUCGCGCCAUUCGACUUGGACAUCCUGCCCGUAUGCCAGAAACAUUUCAGCAAUAUUCAUUGGAUUCUGUUAUUGCAAGUAGUGAUAAUGCUCAGAUAUUAUCAGAAAUCAGGUCAGAAAUUCGUGAAGUUUCUCGAAAGCUGCGCAGGAGCUCAGAAGAGACUAGGGAUAGUGUUACCAGACGAGUGAAAGAGCUGAGAAAUGAAAUAAAAAGAAGAGAACUAAAAACUCAGAAGGAUGUAUUGUUUAAGGCAGAAGUUGUCUUGUGUACAUUAACUACAGCAAAUUAUGAUGGACCGUUAAAACUCCUUCCUCCCGACCAUUUUGAUGUUUUGGUCAUUGAUGAAUGCUCGCAGGGAAUGGAGGCUGCCUGUUGGAUUGCAUUACCCCGAGCAAGCAAAGUAAUAAUGGCAGGUGACCAUAUGCAGCUGCCACCUACAGUUCUAAAUCCAGAGAGUACAAAUAUAUUGUCAGUUAGCCUCAUGGAGCGGGCAGUAAAGAAAUGGCCUUAUCACAUGCUAACGCACCAGUUCCGUAUGAAUGAGACAAUUAUGAAAUGGGUAUCGGAGAAAAUUUAUAAUGGUCAGCUCACAGCUGAUGCAUCUGUAGCUAAACAUCUUAUGAAAGACUUACCUUGUGUCACAGAAAAUGAUGAAACAGGCACUCCAAUGCUAUUCAUUGACACAGCAGGCAUGGACUAUGAAGAAUCUGUUGAUGAUGAGGGAUCGUAUUCGAAUGAGGAAGAGGCCAAUAUUGUUGCUGCUCUGGUGCACCGCCUUUUAGAGGCAAAUGUUCCAAAUGAAGGAAUUGCUGUCAUAACACCCUAUAGCAAUCAGGUACAGCUGUUGCGAUCAUUGUUGACUGGGAAGUCACAUGUUGAAGUAAAGACUGUUGAUGGAUUCCAAGGAAGAGAGAAGGAAGCUGUUAUUUUAUCACUUGUCAGAACAAAUCGUGAAGGCAACCUCGGUUUCUUGACAGACAAGAGAAGACUGAAUGUGGCUGUCAGUCGUGCACGCAGGUUUCUUGGUGUGGUCGGAGAUUCUGUUACUGUCAGUAAUGAUGAGACAAUUAAGAGCCUUCUUGACUAUAUAGGAGAACAUGGGACAGUAUUAACACCAGAUUUUUAUACAGGCAAUGAGGGUGCCCAGAAAUCUGUUUCACAGAGCAGUCCAGCUAUAAAAAAAUUACCUGGUAGAACAAAAACAAAGCCUUCAAAAAAAGAGUCAUCAUCUAUGCCUGCUGCAAACAAGACCUGUAACAAAGAUUUGUCAGCCCAAUCUAGGUUACAUAAAUCUCAACAGCCUACAAAGCCAGACUCACAUGUACAAGAUAACAACAAAGAAUUACAUGAACAUGUAACCAAUGAAGCUACAAGUACGAGGGACAUCAAAACCACAGUCUCAGAAACUGAGAAGUGGAAAUUACAGCUUGAAAAAAUAUUUUUGGUAUCUAACGGUGCUUCAGAACACCAUUUCAAGAAUCUUACGUCAUAUGAAAGAAUGUUGAUACAUGAAGCUGCUGAAAAUCUGAACUUGGAGCAUGAAAGUGUUGGUGAGGGAAAGAAUCGUUACAUUGUGGUCAGGAAACCAGCAAGUAAAAAACAAAAUUGUAGUGAACCAAGUGAUAUGCAGAAGUCUGAUGAAAAUAAGAAUGAAAAUAUUUUGUGUAGAACUAAGUCUUCCAAUAAAGGCAAAAUAAAGGAUGAGGAUAGAGAAGCCAACGUACCAGGCACUAGGAAAAGUGAUAAGCCAAGUGAUAAGCCUGGUGUUAAGAAAAAAAAUGUGAAUGCAUUAGAUAAAUUAAAGGAUGAUGAUUUUGAUUCUGUAAUUAGCCAUUUUCAAAAAAUGAAUACAAAGUGCAAUUAUGAAGACUGCAAGAAGUCUACAGAGCUGAUAUCCAGUACUUGCAUUCACUGCAGAUUGCGUUUCUGUUUCGAGCAUGCCCUUCCUGAAGUGCAUGGUUGUGGUGAGGCAGCUCGUAAGCACGCACGACAAACAUUUAAGCACCCACCUCCAGUGAAAAGUGAUGAUCAUCAUCGAAACCAAAAACUGAAAAAGCUUCAUACCAAACUCAAGGAGAAAAAUGAUGAAAGAAAAGCAAAAACUAAAAACAAAUAAGGAACUUUCUCCUUUAUUAACAACACAUUUUGUCCAUGCUACUUAUUCUGUGACAUGCUGUGUUUAACCCUGACAAAAGAUUUACUGGGUUGUGAUUAUCACAUAAGUGUUUCCUACUUAUGUUUAGGAAAGAUAAUUUUCUUGUAUGCUGAAAUGAAGACAAUUAAAAACCAUUUUUGAUAAGCUGUAGUUAUUUUCAUUGUUAGCAUUAUGACCGAUAUGAAUAAAUCAAGAAAAAUCCUAUUGAUGAUCUCUCCUGCUUUCCAUUACUAUUAUGUUUCAUUUGACAUUUAUGAAGGUUUGUUGAAGAUAUUUAUCAGUUUCAGAAAAAAGUACUGUUGGAACUUUACUAUGUCUGUAACAAACAGAAAUUAACAUUUUAAAUAAAGCCAGGGAGUGAUAUUUACAGCUAUGAAUUGAAACAACAGCAGACAAGAAUGUUCUUCUGUGUAAUCUUCUAUUAAAUCCAGUCAUUUGAAACCAAUAUCUCCCAAUGAUAGAGAACUACC